UCACGUGACCGCGGCUCGAGUCAGCUGAUGCGAGAGGGUUUGAAGCUGCACCGCGAGGGAGCGAGGCCGCAGUGGCAGCGGCGGGCGCUCGGACCCCGGCUGCCCCGCCGCGCCCGCCGGCGUCCGGCGCUCCCCGUCCUGGCAUGGCAGCCCCCGUGGGCCGGCGCGGCUCAGAGACGGAGCGCCUCCUGACACCCAGUCCUGGGUAUGGCACCCGGGCCGGGGCUUCCCCGGUCCCUCCGGAAGAGGAGGACCUGCGUCGCCGUCUCAAGUACUUUUUCAUGAGUCCCUGUGACAAAUUCCGGGCCAAGGGUCGUAAGCCCUUCAAGCUGAUGCUGCAAGUCGUGAAGAUCUUGGUGGUCACUGUGCAGCUCAUCCUGUUCGGGCUCAGCAACCAGCUGGCAGUGACCUUCCGGGAGGAGAACACCAUUGCCUUCCGGCACCUCUUCCUCCUGGGCUACUCUGAUGGGGCGGAUGAUACCUUCGCAGCCUACACGCGGGAGCAGCUCUACCAGGCCAUCUUCCACACCGUGGACCAGUACCUGAUGCUCCCCGAUGUGUCGCUGGGCCGGUAUGCCUACGUGCGGGGCGGAGGUGGCCCCUGGGCCAAUGGCUCGGCCCUGGCCCUCUGCCAGCACUACUACCACCGCGGCCACGUGGACCCGGCCAACGACACCUUUGACAUUGAUCCGCUGGUUGUCACUGACUGCAUCCGGGUGGACCCCCCUGAGAGACCCCUUGUGCCCCCCAGUGAUGAUCUCUCCCUCUCGGACGGCAGCGCCAGUUACAAGAACCUCACGCUCAAAUUCCACAAGCUGAUCAACGUCACCAUCCACUUCCAGCUGAAGACCAUCAACCUCCAGAGCCUGAUCAACAACGAAAUUCCAGACUGCUACACCUUCAGUGUCCUGAUCACUUUUGACAAUAAGGCGCACAGCGGCCGUAUCCCCAUCAGCCUGGAGACCCAGGCCCACAUCCAGGAGUGUAAGCACCCCAGCGUCUUCAGGCACGGAGACAACAGCUUCCGGCUCCUGUUUGACGUGGUCGUGAUCCUCACCUGCUCCUUCUCCUUCCUGCUGUGUGCCCGCUCGCUGCUCCGUGGCUUUCUGCUGCAGAACGAGUUUGUUGGGUUCAUGUGGCGGCAGCGGGGACGGGUCAUCAGCCUGUGGGAGCGGCUGGAAUUUGUCAACGGCUGGUACAUCCUGCUGGUCACCAGCGAUGUGCUCACUAUCUCGGGUACCAUCAUGAAGAUUGGCAUCGAAGCCAAGAACCUGGCGAGCUACGAUGUCUGCAGCAUCCUCCUGGGCACCUCCACCUUGCUCGUCUGGGUCGGCGUCAUCCGCUAUCUGACCUUCUUCCAUAAGUACAACAUUCUCAUUGCCACGCUGCGGGUGGCCCUGCCCAGCGUCAUGCGUUUCUGCUGCUGUGUGGCUGUCAUCUACUUGGGCUAUUGCUUCUGUGGCUGGAUCGUGUUGGGGCCCUACCACGUGAAGUUUCGCUCGCUGUCCAUGGUGUCCGAGUGCCUGUUCUCGCUCAUCAAUGGGGACGACAUGUUCGUGACGUUCGCCGCGAUGCAGGCCCAGCAGGGCCGCAGCAGCCUCGUCUGGCUGUUCUCCCAGCUCUACCUCUACUCCUUCAUCAGCCUCUUCAUCUACAUGGUGCUGAGCCUUUUCAUCGCGCUCAUCACUGGUGCCUACGACACCAUCAAGGUCAGUGCCGGCCCCCACGCCCUCCCCCCAGCCUGCCUCCAGUGGGGCCAGCCCUCACAUACUCGCAGCCGUGUACCUGGGGCUCCAGGUCCCCUUAGUAGGGUCUCAGGGCACAUGAGGCAGGGUGAGGAAGGAAGGGUCCAGGGGGAGAAGGUGGGAGACUCUGAGAAGCCAGAGAGAGGUGACUGGGUGGUGGUGCCGAUCGCAGCCGCCAGUCUUGGUUUCAUCCGCGUGGGCUUCUGGCCAGGUAAGGUUUCCUGAGUCUGCUUUUACCAAGCGAGAGACCAGGCUGUAGAGUUUUAGUGACUUGCCUGAGGUCAGCUGCUAAGCGGCCAGGCUCAACCCAGGACUGAGGGAUUCCGGAAGGCCCCGCUCCUAAUUCUUCUGUAGGGUGGUCUGGGUGGGAGCUCUUUAAGUCCAGGGAGUGGCGGUCCUGCAGGUUGUGGGGCUCAGAGGAAAGGGGUCGGAGUAGAAUGUGGGGGUGGCAGGUGGGCCAGACCCUGUGCUGGGUGGGUAUCUAGGAAACGCAGUGUAUACAGACUAGUCUGGACCAGUGGGCAGGGUGGUGACCAGCUGGUGAAAGGAACGAAGGCUACAGAGGGUCCCCUGGUCUAGACUGGUACUGGGGUGAGUCUGGGAGAGUUUCUAGAAUGUGCUAAUACUAAUCUUAGCCACCUGUGACUACUUAAAUUUU